AUGAGUUUGACACAAGAGGAACGUAAAAACUGGUUGGAAGAAGAUUCAGAUGAAGAUGUAAUUGGUGGGGAAGAUGAUGAAGAAGGUGGUGAUGAAAUAGAGCCCCAAAUAAGUGAGCACGAAACUGAUACAGAAGAAGAAUGCGAUUCAGAACCAGAAGCUAUUACGGAAAAUCAGAACAUUGGUUCAAGUAGCGAAGAUGACGUUCCCUUGUCUCAGUUGCAAACUUCACAGUGUUACGUGGUGCACAGAAAAUUAAGAAAUGGUAAGACUGAAGUAAUUUACAGAUGGAGGAAGCAACCGCCGCCACCAACAUGUCGCACCCGCAGUCAGAACAUCGUGACCCAUUUGCCAGGACCUAAAGCCAUAUGUAGAGGAGCAGAUACUGCUGAAAAAGCCUGGAUAUUGCUAUUUUCAAAAGAAUGGUUAGAAAAGGUUGUUCUUUACACUAAUCAGAAAAUACAAUCGCAAAAAUUUAAUUAUCAAAGAGAUAGAGACUCAUCUGAAACAGACAUGAUUGAAAUAAGAGCUUUGAUAGGUUUAUUAUAUCUCAUUGGUCUAUACAAAUCAUCACAUGUACGUAUCUCGGAUGUUUUCAACCCAGAUGGGACUGGAUUAGAUAUUUGUAGAGCUGUAAUAUUCCCAUAA